GCUGUGCAGUGUUCAUGUGUCAUUCACAGGGAGGCUGAACCGGGCGGAGUUCCAGGCUGUUACGCUGAGCUUUGGAAUCAGCAGCACGCGCUGUAGAUCUCCCACUCUUUCUGCUUGAACCAGACCGUGUCUCUCACUCCGGAUGGAUACGGCGUUGAGAAUUGUUACUAAAAAGUACAGCGCUGUUCCCCCCCGGCAUCUGUCUCUAGUUUCAACCAGCCGCUACUAGACCUUUUGUGGACCUAAUAGGAAUUUCCGAUAACAGGGUUUGAUAAAAACCUGGAUGAAGGAUUUUGUUUUGUUGUGUUUUUUAAAGUAGGCUACAGCAUAUUCCACUACCAGGUCGCUGAUGGAAAGUUGGAUUUGCUGUUGGAUUAAACGAAACUGUUGAGAAUGCAGCUGUGGCGAAAAACCAGCUGAUGGAACACGCAAUUCACAAUUCAUCGCAGUGAUCUUGUUUGAAAACAUCACACGGUCCAUUUCGCGGAGUGACAGUUCGGUGUAUGAGAAUGAUUAACGUUCAGUGGAGCAACCCGGUCUCGUGCAUCCGCACUGGAAGACUGGGACAUAAACGGGUGGACUCAGAAACAGGUGACGAGACAGUUUCUAAAUGCUCCAGACUAAGCGAGUCUCCCGGUGACGCCGCACUGCUCGGUAGCUCGCCGGGAUCCCCUUUGACUCCGGUUCCCUUGAGCAGCUUUCCUACCCAGCAAGGUCCGUCCAGGAUCGGACAGUUUUUGCUCCUACCUAUGGUGGACCGAGACAUGAUGCACAGCGCACUUAACAUUGACACCAGAGACGAACUGGUGUGCAAGGAGUUUGAUCUGCGUUUGUACCAGGAGAAGAUCCGGGCCUACAGUGUGCUGCCCGUUCACAGGAACAUCGCCUGCAUCCGAGACAUUGUCCUAGGGGAGCGCCAGGCGUACGUUUUCCUGGACAAGGGCCACGGGGACAUGCACACCUUAGUCAAGAGCUGCAAGCGUCUGAGCGAGGGCCACGCCGCGAGGCUCUUCCACCAGGUGGCGUCAGCCGUGGCACAUUGUCACCAGCACGGCGUGGUUCUGGGAGACCUGAAGCUGCGCAAGUUCGUCUUUUCCAACGAAGAGAGGACCCGCGUGAAGCUGGAGGGUCUGGACGCCUGCCACGUCCUGGGCGGGGACGACUCCCUGUCCGAGACCCACGGUUGCCCGGCCUACGUCAGCCCGGAGAUCCUCAAUGGGCCCGGCUCCUACUCCGGCAAGCAGGCGGACAUCUGGUCCCUGGGGGUCAUGCUCUACACCAUGCUGGUGGGCCGCUAUCCCUUCCACGACCCCGACCCGGCGGCGCUCUUCUCCAAGAUCCGUCGGGGCCAGUGCUGCCUCCCUGAGGACCUCUCGCCCCGGGCCAAGUGCCUGCUCCGCUCGCUGCUGAGGAAAGACCCAUGGGACAGGCUGACGGCUGCCGAGGUGCUCAUCCACCCCUGGUUCGCUGCCGCCACACAGGAAACAGCAGCCAGUGAACAGGAAGUCGCUUUGGCGGAACAGGAAGUACCUUCCUUUGACGCGGAGGAGGAGAGCAAUCUUUUCUGUUGAUGGUUGACAUCACUGUGAAUCACUCAACCUACGACCGUAGAUGGAAAUCGGACCAAAAGAUGUUCAAAUGUUACCAAAUGUUAUUAUAUUGUGGCAUAUUUUAUAACCUUUUUUGUUAAGGUUUGAAACUCAUUUUAUGCAGAUUUUAACUCCAGGUACUGUGCUGCUUCGACUGUGUCUUAGUUAGUUUAAGGGCAUUGUGUGACAACUGUCAUUGUCCGUGUUCAAUAGAAGUCAUUUGGUGCUAAAAACCGUCUCACAAUAACAUGCUGUUUGUUAGAGUAGAUUAAAGCUCAAAUCUGCAGUUCAAAUAAUGACAAAGUGGACACCCCUACCACUGUGUUGGUAAACAGCUGAAGGAUAGUGGAGUCAGCUGAUGAAGGUACAUCAGAAAGUGGUUACUAACGUCACCAGAGUCCCAGGGAUUCACACAGAAAAAUGCAGACACACACACACACACUUGCACACGCUUUCCUCACACCACAGACACUGUGGCUGGCUGACAGGCUGAGUCACCAAAUGGCUCUUAGGGCAUGGCUGUCUUCCAGGCUGAUAGGAGUUAGAGAUAGGAUGGCAGCGUGGCAUCUGCUUUACCACCGUAAGCUGUUCCCUGUCAGGCUCACUGAGUGGGGUGACAUUUACCGGGACAUCUCUCCCUCUCUCCCUCUCUCCCUCUCUCCUUCUCUCUCCUUCUUCCAACCCGCCUCUCCUUCCUCUCUCUCUCUCAGCAUCUAUCUAGCUAAACACUGACCCUGACUGUUGGUGUUGUAGCCUGCUCUUAUCGGUUUCACAAAUACGGCCCCCCCCCCCCCCGUCACAACCAGUGCCACCCUAUUUCAAUACAUUGUGCUUAUAUGGGUCUGGUGAAAAGUUGUGCACUUUGUAGGGAAUAGGCUGCGAUUUGCGAGGCCUGGAGUGAUUUGUGGAACCCGUGGUCUAAAGGCCACCCUAAACCCUACGAAUGGGAUCUAAAGUAGUGCACUGCAGUGUUGUGUAGGGAAUAGGAUUCCAUUUGGGACUGUUUAGGGAAGACAUAAGAACGCAGGAGGUCUGGUGUUAACUACAAUACCUUCACGUUUUUAAACCGCUUUUUUGCCCAGACUUCCCUGUGUUCCCUGCUCUCUUUCCAAGGUUCUGGUUCUACUGAGCUGCUCGUCAGAGGUUGGACUAUAUCUGUGUUCCAAAUGACCACCUAUUACGAAUGUAGGGCACUAAUUUGACCCCAGCCUUAUGGGCCUUGGUUAAAAGUAGUGAAUUAUAUUUGGAAUAGGGUGCUUAAAGGAGGGGGAACGAUCCCCAGCACCCAGUCAUUCUGCUGGAUUCUGGCCUGCUGUGGCCUGGGUGGGUUCUCAAGCAUCAAGCAGCUGUUUUAUUCUGAACUGCUUUUUAUUCCAGAAUCUGUUUGUUUUCCCUCUGAAUGUUUUUUCUAUUGGAUUUUAGGGUGAACCACGUGCACAAGUGAUUUAUCUGACCGAGGGGCAGCACAUUCCUAUAGCACUGUGAAGUAUGGGUGACACCACCUCAAGACUUGACCACAUUUAAACAGAAAGUAGAAUUCAUUGUAAAAAAAAUAAAAAUAAACUACAUGUAAAUAUGUAUCUUUUAAUCACGUGAGAUGGAGUUGAAUAAAGAUCUCCUGUUUUCAUAUUCA